AUGUCUGAAUGCACAGAAGAUCCAGCCAUCACAGAUGGGGAGAAAGAGGAACAGACACUCGAAGAGUUCGACUCUGACGCAGAGACAGAGUCUUGCGAAUUGCUGCAUUCUCCCCCCUCAGGUUAUCUUCCGCUUGCCCCCUCGGUUGAGUCCAGUGCAACCUAUCCAUGGUCAAAAUGGGUCGACAGCCUUCGGUUGAAGAAACGAGGCUACCAGCCAGAGACCUACGUCGAUGGAUGGUUUGAUGGACCGUCAGUUGACCGGGAAGAUAUCGCUUCGACACUUAGCAACAAGAGAUUCUGGGAUCAGGUAUCUGGUGGAACAGCGUCGAUCUUGGGAACCAUGAAAACGGCCAGCAUGAGUGUACCACCCUCCAGCGUCCCUAGGUCGAGAACGAACACGAUCACUAGCAACAGUAUGGCAGUAUCGAGGCAAUCGAUGGAGAGCACACGGUCCAGUAUCUACGAUGCGAUAACGCAGGUGAGUAAGGUCAUGGCCAUCAGACGUCGACAUGUGCUGCAUGAGAUAUAUACCUCGGAGUUAAAUUAUGUUGAUGGAUUGCGAACUGUAGUACAGAUUUUGUCCACUUAUCUCACGAUGAGACCGGCUAUACUGCGCGACUUGCAGCAAUUGUAUGACAUGCACGAUGCCUUCAAGAAGCAAUUGGAAUCCGUUAGCCCACAAUCAGCAGAAGCCUGGCUGAAUGGCAGCCCACUUCGGAAGUCCACCAUUCUGCAAAAGUUUCAGAAUCAGUCCCUGUUGGCGAGACGGCGAAUAAACUCUCGAAUUGGAAAAGAGGGCGCGGAUCCAUCCGAGGCUUUGUUGGUUGCGAAAGAGAUCGACAAAUUGACUGCCAAGUUCCACCUCUACGAAGCUUUCAUCAGAUCGUACGACGUGCUUUCCGAAGACCUCACUCUUCUUCGACAAAGCCACCCAGCCGAUGGAUUCUGGACCGAAGGUAUCGAAGCUUUGCAAAAGUCCGUACACUCAACGCAAAAGAGGAAAGAGAAUCAGAAGAAAGCAAUGACGCUGGACGACCUCAUUGCUAAGCCGGUGCAACGAGUCUGCAAGUAUCAACUUCUUCUGACCGAGUUGCUGAGAACUGUCCCGGAGACCGCCUAUCCCCUGACAUACUCGGGGAUUAAAAAAGUCUUAGAGAAGAAUACGCAGGCAAUCGACCGUAUCAACACUGUUGUUGGAGACCCUAACCUGCGUAUUCGGAUCAAAAAGACCAUAUCUUUACAUGAGCGGCUAGACUACGGUGAUCAGAAUGCUCUCGAGAACGUUUACCAAGAAUUGGGACCCCUUAUUCUCUGUGGAGUUCUUCAUGUGGUUUAUCAGUUGCCCAGUGGCAUCACAGGACAGUACCUAGCGUGUAUAUUGUUUCCAGGCUACAUGAUUCUGGCUAAACCCGGAAGCGACUCACGUAGGCUGGCUCUCAUUGCAUCCAUCUACCUAUCGGAUAUGACCGUUGACGGUUCAAUGAACGGACAAGGGCUUGCUUGCUUGGAUACCCCAUUUACAUGGAAAGUUAUCUUCCAGUACAAUCAGAAGCACUACGAAUUUAUCUUUAGCGCUUCCUCAUCAGCAGAGGAGCGUGGCUGGAAGACUGAAACUCUGAAAGCAUCCGUCAUGCCGCCUAAUGAGGUGCCAAAUAUAUCCUUAGAGCCACGACGGUUUUCUUGUGUAUGCAUGGCGUUGCAGCCACUGGAAUCCGAUGGUCAGUCAUUACUCCUCAAGCGACGAGGCUCUCUUCGAAUUUCGUCGCCACGUCCUGUGCGAAUCCAACAGAACCAAGUGACGAUUAGAAAGACGCAUAAUCCUAUCUACGAUACCGAGGUUAGAUUACUCCAAGAAGCAGAACCUUUGCGCUCCCACUCGCUUGCCAAAGAAGCUGCAUUUGCACCGACCGUCCUAAUACCUGCAAGAUCGCAUCGGAUCAAACUUGAGCGUAACAUUUCGAGUAUUUACAGCCAGGAGCUGCUUCCAUAUCCGGGGAUGACUCUGGGACGGGGUGAGUAUAUGAGCCAGACUAUGGUGGGAAAAACUGUCAUGCGGGGGUUGUCUAUUCGAGGUGUUUUUCACAGCAGACGCUCCUCAUCUCUCAGUAAAGCUACAUCAAUAUCUCUUGUUGGCAGCCUAGAACAAGGGGACGAUGGACAACACGGGGGUAUGGGUUCGGAGAAAGCUACCACAUCAAAAGUACCUUGUGAAGCGUUAUGCAAGUCAAGGGAUCUGAUGGAGGAUGAGAAGCUAAUGGCUACAAAGACGGGUUUCGGCUCCAAUCGACAGAGGAAGACCAGAUCUACUUCUGACAAUGGUAUCGAGGAAGGUAAUGUGGCCAAGACUAGUAACAAGCCUCGGGUGCUGUGGAAGAGAUGGCUGCCACCGUCAAUAGUCGGCUAUUUGGAUAUAACAAGAGAGGUGACCUGA